AUGGCUCGCGCGGCCGUCCUCCCACCGUCCCCCGCCAAACGAGGAGCUCGGGCGGCGCCUCGAACGACUUUGAACAAAACGGUCAAACCAAAGGCCACCGCGGUCAAGAAACGAACCCCUGCCAAAGCAACCACAGCCUACGAUUCGGACGACACGGAUGAUGAGCUUGGAAUGAUGAUGAAGGAGUCAGAGCAUGUCGCUCGCCCACAAGGCAGACCAGCUGGACGCACAGCGACUGGAGCUACAGCCGCGUCUCGAGGCAGGAAUGUAGCAACAGCUCCUGUGCCCGAACCCAACGAGAAAGCGACUACUAAGGCCGAGCCCAAGAAACGCGUCGGAAGACCAAAAAAGACUCCACCCGCAGAACCCCCCGCUAAAGUUGAGACUGCCCCUCGAACCAGGGGACGACCGAAGGCGGAUGCGACGAAGACCGUACCAAAGACCCGUAAAACUACUCGAGCAGCGACCGAGGCCGAAGCACCCCUUGAGAGUACAGACCCCAAGAACAUUUUCAUUGCCACCAAUUCGACAACCAUGCGUUCAAACUUGCUGCGUGGACCUGCCAAGAAGAAGACUGUGACCUUUCAAGAUCUAUCAGGCUCAGAAUCAGAAGGGUAUGAGGAGCCAGCAGCGCCUGUUGUUGGGCGCAGAAAAGCUCCGGCGAAGGGGGCUGCUGUUGGCAAGGCUGGUCUAAAAGCAACACCCGUGCGCAGCAAAGCCACAGGAGCUAUCCGAGGUCGCAAGCCUGGGCCAGCUAAGAAGAAUGUGACAAAACCACUAUCACCCAAGAAGGAUAAACAGGUGGCCAAGUCGCUUUCUGCUUAUGCUAGUUCUGAAGAAGAGGAUGAAUUGAUUGGAUCUAAGGACGACAUGAAGAGCCCAGUCAAGCUUAUAAUUCAUUCCCCUGUCAAACAUGCCUCGGAGCCUGUCGGCUUGAGCUCCCCAGUCCGCAAGAUCAAUUUCACCCCCAAGAAAGCUUCGAGCCUCAUCGAUGAGAAUGGCGAACCGAAGCUCCCAACGCCAAAACACGGAUCAUCAACUACUGGCCUAAGCUCACCAGUACGAAAAAUCAAUUUCACUCCCAACCGCAGCCAACAGACUAUCACAGAUAAUGGUCAAUUGACGCUUCCUCCUGGAAAGUCCGCUGACCUCAGUGAAUCGGUCUUCAUGUCCAGCCCCGCUAGACGACCAGAACAAUCUUCACCGUUCCGAUAUUCAUUCAGAGCCACCCCAAGGCAAGGCUCUCUCUUCCGCGAUGAAUCGGAAACUGCGCCAGCUUUCGAGUUCUCCCACGGACCAGUUUCACCGUUAAAAAUGUCGCCAAGGAAGGCUCAUUUGGGUGCUUCGUUCUCUCAAUCGCCAUCCAAGACUGAAACUCCUUCGUUUCCUGCUCGAUCUUCCUUCAUCCAAAGUCCAGCCAAGAGAAUUGCUUCCCCCUUCAAAGGAUCUAUCUUCUCAACCAAAUCUUCCAUGAGCCAAUCGGCCACACCGUCUGGCGAUAACACAACCAGCAUGUCCACUACUCCUCUCUUUGGAUCCAUCAAUAGGCGCCUAUCUUCUCACCAGGAAGAAGAGGAGACAGCCGUAGAUGAAGACCUUGAGAUGGUGGAAGAAGUUGCUCGUGAUGUCUUCGGCAUCGAGUUACAGUCAUCUAGCAGCACUCCAACCCAGUCUCCAUCACCAGAACAGGUUGACGAGACCGAAGAUGCACCGGAGCUCGAAAGCGCGGAAGUUGAUAUUAGCGAGCCCACUGUUUUGAGUGAAGGGGAGGAGAAGGAAGAGGAAGAGGAAGAAGAACAAGAACACGAAGACGAAGAGGCACAGGCGGAGGCCGAUAUCGACGAGAAGAUUCACGACCUACAAGAGGAAAUUCGCCAGGAGCCAGAUGACUUUGGAACUAUCUGCUUCAACACCAUGGAAGAUUUGGAGAAGUCAUUUGCCAAUAUUCCUGCCAGCGAUGAUAUUGAACCCCAUGUAUAUUCCGACGUCAAUUUCGUCAAUGGAGACGAUGAAAGUGACAUGGAAGAUGAAGUAGAGGAGGAGGAGGAGGAGGAGGAGGAGGAGGAGGAGGAGGAGGAUGUUGUGAUGCAAUUUACUGAGCCCGUCGAUGAGCCGGCACUCUCCUCACCAACCCACGAGCCUGAAAACACAGUUCGUGGCUCUCCGUCUGAAUCACCGCUUGAUUUGGCUCUCUUUGAAGAAUCUGCCAUGGAACAGCCCGAAUCUCCGACACCCGUUCGGAUGAAUCGCGAAAUCGAGAACCAGGAUGAUGAGGAGGGGGAGGAGGAGGUCAAUGAACUGGAGUACAUCGAUGAAGUUGGGAGUGUUGUUCACCAACCGUAUGACGAGCAGGAAACCGAGAGUGAAAAUGAGGAGUUAGUUGAUGAUGAGCGGACUCUUGUGCCACCAUUUGAAGAAGAUACUAUUGCGCUAUCACCUCAACCUCAGUCGCCUUACGAGAUGAAUGACCGUGAAGAAAGUCCGCUCUCGCGGAUGGGAUCAGUCCCUCCAUUGGUGCCAACUCCUUCAAUGCAUGAGAUGACUCCCAUGUCCCUGCUCGGAAGUACCAAAUCACAGCCUCCCCUUUUCGACAUCAAUAACACCGAUGAUCGUAUGGAUGCAGUCAAUAGCCCCGAGGAUACAGCCCAGUUCGAAAUUCCUACUCCAGCUGCGCCAAGUUUAUCUGGUACGCCGAGCGUUCGAAGCCGGCGAAAGUCCGGCUUCAACGUCAAUCUUGGUUUCACGCCACUGGCAAGCAAGUUCGGCCGUUGGGAAACCAACACCCCGUCCCAGGACAGACCAGCACGCCCACGUCGCCGAGGCGUGUUUUCUCUCGUUGGCCCAUUAGAGCGAUCUGCUGAGACCCACAUUCCAGACGAAGGCGAUAUUUCGUACCCUGUUCUCCCGCGUCCCUCACUUGCAAACACGCCGCGUCUUUUCUCAGAACUUCCACUUCACGACUACGACGAUGAUAUGUCAAUGACGUCUGAACCUGACUCGCCUUUCAAGUUUUCUUCUGCGCAAGAAGGCCACAGUAUGAUUAAUUCACCCACCAGAAGUGACAUUUUUGAAGACCUCGAGCCCGUUAUUCCCAAGCACCUUCGCCCCCGUGAGAGUCUACCACAGAAGUCAAUUGAAAACCACGAACAAGUGUCACUGGAGGAAGACAAAGAAAAUCUUCCAGCCCCUUCCCCCUUGCCAGCCACCCCAAUGAAACCCGCACCAGAGCACCUUCGCACCUUCCACACAGUGUCAAAGGUACCUUUGAAAGGCGAGGGAGAUGUUUCCCCUUUGAAAAUUCCUCGCAAGCGUGGCCAUUCGCUUUCAGGCACAUCCCCCACUCGCUCUUCGCCGCGCAUUCGAAACGCCGUCUUCCUUCCUCUUAAUGACAAAGUAACUUCUCUCUCUCCUCGCAAGGAAGUACAGGUCCCUCGGAGCCCCAGCCCCAAGCGUCGUUGCAGCGAAGCUCGACGGUCCAGUGCGAGAGUUCCAACAAGUAUGGCACCACCCGGAAGUCCAUAUGUCGCGAGUACUCCAGAGAAAAGUCCUCGCCGAAAAGCCAGCCCCAAGAAGCAAACCCUUCGCGGUGCGGUGGUCUACGUUGAUGUUCACACUACCGAAGGUGAAGAUGCCUCUGGUAUUUUUAUUGAACUAUUACAACAAAUGGGAGCGCGUUGCUUUAAGUCUUGGUCCUGGAACCCCAGAGCUAGCCUGUCACCUGCCGAUGCAACAGAUGCUGUAGCGAAGGUUGGCAUCACUCAUGUGGUGUAUAAGGAUGGAGGUCUGCGAACAUUGGAAAAAGUCAAGCAAGCCGCCGGCCUGGUGAAAUGUGUCGGCGUUGGAUGGGUCCUUGACUGUGAGAGAGAAGGCAAAUGGGUCGACGAGGCCUCCUACGCCAUCGACCGCUCCAUCAUCCCCCGAGGUGGCGCCAAACGCCGCAAGAGCAUGGAGCCCCGCGCCUUGAGUAACGUCAAUGGUACACUAGUCCGCGUCGCCGAGCCUUCCACCCCCUCAGCCAGCGGCCGUCGCUGCGGUGCCGACCGCGGUGCUAUCGAGGGAUUCCGCAAGAUCACACCCCCGACUCCCGUCGUUGCGCCUUCCACCCCCACCCAACAAUCUUAUCGCUCCCGUGUCCCGCAAACACCAGGCUACAACUUCUCCAACUUGGACGCCAUUGGCAUGUCCCCAGCUACCCCAUACUUCCUUUCAAACCGGACACAACUGGUUCAGCAAUCUUGCCCGCCAAAGCAGAGUGGUCGUGGUUUGUUCCCGGACAGCAAGCCUGCCUUGAGUUUCGUGGAAGAAGACGAUCGGGAAUCGAGACGGCAACAACGUGCUCGGAUGGAGGCUGCGCGGCGUAAGAGUCAUUUCUUCAAGCCUGCUGUUGCGAGCCCUCUUGCGAAAUGA